UCCCGCUCGCCAUAGAAGGGUGUAAAGUACGCCGCUAUUGUUUCAUAACUGUAACUUUGUUUUCAUUUGUAACUAAAAAAAAAAAAGAUGGGUUAAAUUACAGAACUGUGUAUCGUUUAAAACGACAGUUUUUAUGUUUUAAUUUCGCUAAACCGAGGACUGUAGUGCGUGACGCAAAGCGCGUGGAUUGACAAAAUCCGGAUUUGACAGAGUGAUUAACAAAUGCACAUUCAUUCAUUUUUGUUUAUUUGUUUAAAUCAGAUUAAUUUCCUGAUUCAGAAUGAGGAGAAGUCUAGCACCCAGUCAGAUGGCCAAAAGGAAACACGGAGCAGAUUCAGAUGAUGAAGACUGGGACCAGAACAUUGCAUCAGACAGGAAGAGAGACUGUCGAGAAAACUACAUCUCUCCUUACAGGAAACCCCUGACACAACUCACCAACAGACCCGUGUGUGUGGAUGGCAACGAACAUGAAGCCUUCAUUCGCAAGAUCUUAUCAAAGCCAUUCAAGAUUCCCAUCCCAAAUUAUACAGGCUCAUUGGGUCUGCGGGCUCUGGGAUUGAGGCGGGCCGGUGUGAGGAAAGCCCUUCAUGACCCAUUUGAAGAUGGAGCUCUGGUUCUGUACGAACCGCCUGCUAUCAGCGCUCAUGAGCUCAUCAAAGCAGAGAAGGAGAAGUUACCAGUGCAUGUGGUUGUGGAUCCAGUACUCAGUAAAGUGCUUCGCCCCCAUCAAAGAGAAGGUGUGAAGUUCCUGUGGGACUGUGUGACAGGCAGGCGGAUCGCUAACUCGUAUGGCUGUAUUAUGGCGGAUGAGAUGGGACUGGGAAAGACCCUGCAGUGCAUCACUCUCAUGUGGACUUUACUGAGACAGAGUCCUGAUUUCAAACCUGAGAUCGACAAGGCCAUCGUGGUGUCUCCCUCCAGCCUUGUGCGGAACUGGUACAAUGAAGUGGGCAAGUGGCUCGGUGGACGCGUACAACCUGUUGCUAUCGACGGUGGCUCCAAGGAGGAAAUAGACCGUAAACUUGAAAACUUCAUCUCCCAACACGGCUUGAGGGUGCCGACUCCAAUCCUGAUCAUAUCCUAUGAAACAUUCCGUCUGCAUGCGGAAGUCCUGCACAGAGGCAAAGUUGGACUGGUUAUUUGUGACGAGGGUCACAGGCUGAAAAACUCCGACAAUCAGACGUAUCAGGCGCUGAAUUCGAUGAAUGCUCAGAGAAGAGUGCUGAUAUCGGGAACUCCCAUACAGAACGAUUUACUGGAGUAUUUCAGUCUGGUGCACUUUGUAAAUUCUGGUAUUCUCGGCACAGCUCAAGAGUUUAAGAAACGGUUCGAGAUUCCAAUCCUUAAAGGUCGUGACGCUGAUGCCAGCGAUAAAGACCGAGCUGUCGGAGAGGAGAAACUUCGAGAACUCAUCAGCAUUGUUAACAGGUGUUUGAUUCGGCGAACGUCAGACAUUCUUUCCAAGUAUCUGCCUGUGAAGAUUGAACAAGUUGUCUGCUGCCGAUUGACUCCUCUGCAGAAAGAGUUGUAUAAGUUAUUCCUGAAACAGGCCAAACCUGUUGAGAGUCUGCACUCUGGAAAUAUCAGUGUGUCCUCUCUGUCCUCCAUCACAUCACUGAAGAAACUCUGCAACCAUCCUGCUUUGAUUUAUGAGAAGUGUUUGGCAGGAGAGGAGGGUUUUGAUGGAGCAGUGGAUCUCUUCCCCCAAAAUUAUUCAACUAAAGCAGUGGAACCACAACUCUCUGGGAAAAUGCUGGUACUGGACUAUAUCCUAGCGAUGACCAGGAGCACAACAAGUGACAAAGUGGUUCUGGUCUCUAACUACACACAGACUUUAGAUCUUUUUGAAAAGCUAUGUCGGACCCGGAGAUACCUUUACGUGAGACUCGAUGGAACAAUGUCCAUCAAGAAGAGAGCCAAGAUUGUGGAGAGAUUCAACAGCCCCUCUAAUCCAGAGUUCAUAUUCAUGCUCAGUAGUAAGGCUGGAGGUUGUGGCCUUAAUCUGAUUGGUGCAAAUCGUUUGGUGAUGUUUGACCCUGACUGGAAUCCAGCCAAUGACGAGCAGGCGAUGGCCAGAGUGUGGAGAGAUGGACAGAAGAAAACCUGCUACAUCUACAGACUGCUGUCGACGGGGACCAUUGAGGAAAAGAUCUUGCAGAGACAGGCUCAUAAGAAAGCCUUGAGCAGCUGUGUUGUAGAUGAGGAACAGGACGUGGAAAGACAUUUCUCUCUUGGAGAGCUACGAGAGCUCUUCUCACUCAAUGAGGAUACGAUCAGCGACACACACGACAGGUUCCGCUGCAGGCGCUGUGUAAACGGUCGACAGGUGCGUCUUCCUCCAGAAGACUCCGACUGCACCAGCGAUCUGUCCAACUGGCAGCACUGUUCAGAUAAGAGAGGACUGAGAGACCCUAUGCUGCAGGCAUCCUGGGACGCAGCCGUCUCGUUUGUCUUUCACCAGCGGUCACACGAGGACCAGAAAGGAGUCAUCUGAGCGUCUGAUCUGGAAGCAGUCAGAGAUCUUCUAGAACUUGAGCAUGUAAAGAAACUUCUCUACUGUUCUUCGUUGGGUCACAUCAGAAGCACUUGAGUACACAGAGUUGGAGUAUUUGUUUGUGUUAUAUUCAUUUUGUAAUUUUUAUAACAAAUUCAACUAUUCCUAUCAGCGUCAUUAAAAAUAACUGUACCCAAAGUGUGUAUGCUUCUAUACAAUUUACACAAAAGUCAUUUUCGAAGAUGUGUGUGUAUGUGAAAUCACAUUUGUCUGUGAAUAGAUGAUUAUUUAGAUUUUUUUAUUUCCCCCCUUUUCAUAGUUUGACAGUCAUGGUCACUAUGUCAUAUGGAGAAGCGUUGCGUUUGUGUUCCAUGCAUGAAAAUAAAACUAUAAUGCAGCAUACGGGUUUGGAUCAGAAAUUAACAGAAUUUUCCUUUUUGGAGCAUGUCAGACCAGAGCCACGAUUCACUUAUAUUACAUGGCAAAUAAAUCUUGUGAAGACUUUACAACAAACUCACCUUCUAUGUUUCACUGAAGAAAGAAAGUUCGUACGAGUCAUACGAGAUUGGAGUAACAUUAGGAUGAGUAAAUAAUGACAGAAUUAAAGUAUGUUGUUCAGACUGUGCUAAAGUAGCCACUCACAGUUUGUAAUGAGUCUCUUGUCACGUCACACUGAUGUGGUUGGCCAUAGUAGUUCUGGAGUCCCAAUCAUCCGUUAAUCCAGUGACGGAGGAGCUUUCGCAGAGCUUGACCUUUGACCUCUGGGUCCCGAUCCAGAGGAUUAAACCUCAGAUCCAGCAUCAGUCACUGAACCAGCCUGUAGGUUUCCAACAGCUGUCCAAACUCCUGAAGCUGCAGCUGGCAGAAUUAAAUUUGAGCUGUAUUGAGGACAGAUGAAACAUUUUAGUUCCAUUUUUAAUGUGUAUAUGAUGUGUAUAGAAACAGACAAAAAGGCUUGCAGCAAAACACUAGUAUUACCUAAGGUCUAACUUAGCGAUUUUGCUAGGGCAACGUCCAGAGAUCAUUUCAGUGAUAGCUAUGGCACUUGUUGCUGAUGGAGGAAGCACAACAAUUAAAAAAAUUUACAUUCGGGGGCCUGGGUAGCUCAGCGAGUAUUGACGCUGACUACCACCCCUAGAAUCACGAGUUCGAAUCCAGGGCGUGCAGAGUGACUCCAGCCAGGUCUCCUAAGCAACCAAAUUGGCCCGGUUGCUAGGGAGGGUAGAGUCACAUGGGGUAACCUCCUCGUGGUCGCUAUAAUGUGGUUCUCGCUCUCGGUGGGGCACGUGGUGAGUUGUGCGUGGAUGCCGUGAAGAAUAGCGUGAAGUCUCCACACGCACUAGGUCUCCACAGUUGACUGUCUCAGAUGCGGAGGCAACUGAGAUUCGUCCUCCGCCACCCGGAUUGAGGUGAGUCACUACACCACCACGAGGACAUAGAGGCAUUGGGAAUUGGGCAUUCCAAACUGGGGAGAAAACUAUUUUUACAUUCUGUGGUCAUUUAUUCAUACUCAUGUCAUUUCAAACUCCAAUGGCAUUGCUGGUGUGGAACACAAAAGACGACAUUAGUCUCAGUCACCAUUGACUUUCAUUGCAUAUUUUUUCUGAAAUAGUUUUCCAUGCCCUUGCAAUAAAUUUAAAUCUACUUUGUUUACUUAUUAAACCAUGAUAUUCAUAGUGAAACCAUAGUAAUACAGGAAAACAAAAACUAUUGUAAUAAUAAUAAUAAUUUUUUGGUUAUUAUAGUAACCACAAGAUUAACAACGGUUAAUCUGCACUCACUGAGCACUUUAUUAGGAACACCUGUACUUAUUCAUGCAAUUAUCUAUUCAGCCAAUCAUGUGACAACAGUGCAGUGCAUAAAAUCAUGCAGUUAUAGAUCAGGAGCUUCUGUUCACAUCAACCAUCAGAAUGGGGGAAAAAUGUGAUAUCAGUGAUUUGGACCGUGGCAUGAUUGUUGGUGCCAGAUGGGCUGGUUUGAGUAUUUCUUGAGGUGGAUGGGCUACAACAGCAGAAGACCACAUCGGGCACUUUAUUAGGACCAUAGUGUUCCUAAUAAGUGCUCAGUGAAUGCAUUGUAAAAAAGUUUACUUUUUAUAGUUACUACAAUAUUACUAUAGCAAUAAACCAUUUCCAUUUUUUGGCAUUUUAUAUAAAAUAAAUUAAAUGGUUCAACUAUGGUAUUUGUAUAGUAAAACCAUAAUAACCACAAAAUUAUGAUUUUUAUUACCAUUGUUUUCAAUUUCCUGUAUUUUUACUAUGGUUUCACUAUGAAUAUCAUUUUUAAAUAUGGUUACGGCAGUAAAACCAUGGUAAAUUUAUUGCGAGGGAACACAACUAUUUCAGCAAAACAAUUCUCGCCCUGUCUUCUAAGGGGCUUCGUGCUAAGUGGAGUCUUUAUGAUGAAGUUAAGUAUGGAUAAACCUUAUGACUGUAUGUGGAGGUGUCCCUAAAUUAGCUGGGAUGUUUAUUAUGUCUGAAAAUAAAAAAAUUAAAUGAAAGUCAA